AUGCGGCUCGUCGUCCUCCCUAAAGCCGAAGCCGACGCGCUAGACGAGCUAAUCGACGAAGCGUUAGACGCAGCGGACCCGGAGGGAGAGAGCGAGAGAGCAUGGCGACGCUACCAGGAGGACUUAGCCAGCGAGCUGUCCGCCAUGGCCAAAUCUUCUGACCACCUCUGGCAUUUUCUGGACGGCCUUGGCCGGCGGUUGCUGGAGAAGAAACAGGCUCAGGCGGAGGGCCAGCACCGGCCACUGAAACGAUCACCCGGGUCCAUUUCCCGAGGUGUUCUGCUUCUCCACGGGUUACUCCGGUCCUGCUCCGCCAAUCAAGAAUCAGACAUCUGCAGCAUGCUACUCUCCACGUCAACCCGUAAAGACCGACCUUCCCUCGACCUCCCUCGUCUGGCCCGUCGCCUCCACUACACCCUCCCCUCUCCUUCCACUCCCUCCUCCUCUGCCUCCUCCACAGCUGCCACGUCAGCCUCCGCUGGUGACGUCAGCGAUGACGCGGCGUUGGCCCGGUUCGCGCACGCGUACUGCGUGUAUCUGCAGGAGCGGCUUCGGUGCGUGGACAGCAUAGGGCUCCAGGUGUUCCGCACGGGAGCCAAAUCUGCAACCGGAGCAGCCAAAAACGGGGAAAAGGUAUCUGAAAACGGCGAAUUGAGGAAUUCAGAGAGUGAUUCAGAGCGGGGUUUGGGUGAGGCGUACUGGGUGCAGCUUCAGUCCGACGCUGUGCUGCAGCAGGUGGCCUCUCUCCAGCAGCUGCAGCAGCGCCUGGUGGACUGCGCCGCUGCUGCUCCCAGUGGUCUCGGCACCAGCUUCGCAGCAGGGAAAACUGCAGGGUCGGCCCCAGCAGGAACAGCAGGGGGAGCAGCGGCAGGUGCAGGGAGAGGAGCAGACGGGCGUGGGGGGGAGGGGGAGAGGGAGAGGCGGCGGCGAGUGGUGCGGUAUGUGCUGGAGGUAGCGUUGGAUGAGAGCUUCCGCGUGUAUGGGUGGGUCAACUACGGGCUGAUCGAGCUCAUGGAACGACUCAGUCGCUUUCCCAAGGAACAGGUGGGUCACAAGAAAGCCAGCUGGGUACUUGUGCUAGCUGACGUGUCUACUUUGCUGAAGCCACCCUGCUGUCCUUUCUCAUCCCCACCUCCCCUUCCCCCUUUCGUUUUCCCCGUCUCAUCCUUCCACCCUUCGCCGUCCCAUGCACUCUCGUCUACUCCCAUCCAGGCCAUGCGCGCGCUUCAGGUGUGCCAGUUCUCGGUGCAGCAGGGGAAGGCGUUAUCUGACAUGUACACGCGCCUGGGUGAAGCAGGGGUGGGCGCAGGUGUGGCCUUCCCCUCGGUGGCAGUACUCGGGGACGGCGUUAUUGGCAACCUCUCCGCCUCCAUUGCUGCAGGCCCGGAUGCUCGCAUGAGCGUUCCUCCCUCUCCCAUGCACUCUGCUGCUGGUAGUGGUGGUGAAUUCAGCAGCAGAGCCGGUAGUUUCGCUGAUGGCAGUGCUGCUGGUGGUGCUAGUUUCAGAGGUAUGGGACCGCCGCCGCCGCCGCAGCAGCACCAGCAAGCACAGCAGCAGCAGCAGCAGCCGAAUUUGGACAGGAGUGACUCUCAUCGUUCUCUUCCCAACGCCAUGGUGCUCUUCACUCCUGUCCCAGGCCAACAACAUGGUCAUCCCCAAUUUCAGCAGCAGCAGCAGCAGCAGCAGCAGCACCAGUACCAGCACCAGCAUCAGCAGCAGCAGCAGCAGCAGCAGCAGCAGCAACAGCAGCAGCAGCAGAUGGGUUAUCAGCACCAGAACCCUCAAGGCCCCAGCCCGUACUACUCCUACAGCGCCUCUCAACCACCACCCCCCCAGCCCUCCAGCCCUGCUCUCUCCCCUGCCGCCCAGCAGCAGCAGUUUGACGACACCGCUCAAGCGCUCUUUGGGUCGUAUUCCUCGCAGCCCUCUCCUGCUGCUACCUCUAAUGCAGCCACGCAGAUGAAGUACCUCACGAAUGGUGCGCAGGUAUGGGAGCGUGCUCUUGAUGCUACAGCUGGUGCUGCAGGUGGUGCUUCAGUUGGUGCUUCAGGCGGUGUUGCGGGUUCGUACAUGCCUCCAAGCCAGCAAGGGCAAGGAGGACAACAGGCACCCCAUCUUUAUCAUCAGCAUCAGCAGCAGCAGCAGCAGUGGGCACUAGCCGCUCCCAGGCUAAAUGGUGGAAGCGGUACAGCUGGCAGCAGCCCAUUGGAUCAACCACCCAUGACCGCCUUUUCUGGGGGCUGGGACCAGCUGUUACUGGACAGCCUGUAUGAGGCGGCACAGGCACAGAAACACGCCUCUGAUGCCACUGCCGCCAGAUUGGGAGGAGCAGGAGGCAGUGGUGUAGGCGCUAGUGCUGCUGGUGCUGGUGGGAGUGGUGGUGCGAAUGGGGAUCCUUUUGCGGCUUCUGCUGCAGUCCCGCCGCCGCCGUAUGUCCAGAUGGCGCUUCGAGCGCAGCAGCAGCUGGCUAUGGAGCUUCAGAGGCGCAUGCUGAGUCAGCACGCGCGGUUCUUUGCGGCUGCGAGGUCUGCGGGAGGGGCGGAUGCGAUGUUUGCGGCGAGCUGGAUGGUGCAGCAGAAGCAGAUGCAGGUGUAUCAGCAACAGCAGUACCAGGCGCGGCCGGGUGGGGUUGUUGUGGGGCCGUCGGGGCCGUAUAACUGGAAUGGAGUUGGUGUGCAAUAUGGCAACGUGCUAAUACCUUUCUGA